AUGGCGUUAACACGGCGCCUUGUGUAUAGCGUGUGUUCUCGGGGCUCUCUGCGCCCUCGCUGGGCGUCGACCUCCAAUGUUUCUCGACUAAAAGGCACUCCACACCUCAAACGCAAAUUAGGCCAGCAUCUUUUGGUGUCCGAUGGCAUUUUGGACCAAAUCGUGGCUGCGUCGGAGCUUUCGGACAUUUGUUCGGACACAGUGCGAGUGCUGGAGAUCGGCCCCGGAACGGGCAAUUUAACGUCGACACUGCUGCAAGUGAGUCCCAAGAUGCAGGUCCAUGCUGUGGAGUUCGAUCCCCGCAUGGUAGAGCAACUGAAGCUCCGGUUUCCGACCGAGAUCGAGAGUGGCAGCCUCGUUUUGGAACAUUCCGACUUCGAGGACUUCCGCUUUGUACCAGACCAGAAGCAGGAGACGAACCAGGAGAAGAUCUUUAACGCCUGUGUAGCGAACAUUCCGUACCAAUUGUCGUCGAUUGUGGUGUCCAGGCUCUCAAACUACAUGCACCGCUUCCCGAAGACCUUCAAGUGUGCGGUGUUGCUGGUGCAAGAGGAGUUUGCAUCGAGACUGUUGGCUGAGCCCGGUAACAAGAGUUACAGUCGAUUGAGUGCCAAUACGGCGCUUGUGGCUAAUGUUACGUCGGUUGCCAAGGUACCGAGAGAGCACUUCCUGCCCCCUCCGAAGGUGGAUUCGAGAGUGAUUAAACUCGUGCCUCGUGCUGCUGCAUUGCCAUCGCAUGAUGAGCAAUUUUUCCAAAAGUUUGACGCACUUCUGAGACUGUGUUUCGAGCGCAAGAACAAGACGCUGAGAGCGUUGUUACUCGCCAAGACGGCGAGAUCGCAAUACGAAUUGAAGGAGGAUACCGAAACAGAAGGAGAAGACAAGCAUCAGGUCGUCACGGAGCGUGUCGAGGCGGCGUUGGAAGCGAGCGGUCUCACAUCCAAUCGAGCAGUAAAGGUGUCGGUAACCGAGUUCAUUAAGUUGCUGCAAGAGCUUCAGGAGCGUGGAAUCGACUUGCGUCCAAGCACCACACGCCACUUUCAGAAUUAG